UAUCUACAUUUACACCUCAAGCAAUCCAAUAAAAUUCAAGUGCUAUCGACUAUUUACCCAUUAAUCACAUUGUAUUUAAUUUAUUUAAAAAUUACCCCUGAUUUAUUGGGUAUGCCUCUCACCCAACCCGCGCUAAGUCACGUGACGGAAAUGAAGUACACCGAAGAUUAAACGAAAACAUGGCAGCACCCGAGACAGACGUGCCGAACUUACUCGGCGAAAAAUCGACACCCGCUAAGCUGGAGGAAUUGUCCAGAGAGGCAAGUCCAUCUUCCACAUCUUCAAACUUGGAGGGUGAAAACCUGGCAGAAAAAUGUACAGAACUCCUCCAGGGAGCUGAGAACGCUGACUCCCCCUCCUCUGCCCCCACCCUCCUCACCUCCAAGCUCCUCCCAGACCCCAGCAUCAUGCCAGGGGACAGGUCCCCCCACGUCAAAGCCAACAUCUCAGAAAAACUUCUUCCAGAUCAGUGCGUGCUUCCAGAAGAACCUCGCCCCCCAUGGAAAGGGACGCUGGUGCAAUGUGCCAAACUUUGGUCCUACCUCUCGGGGAUUUCAACCUUCGAGAGAGCCAACAUGUUAAGGAAAGGGCGGGAGGUUCAUAAAAUCUAUGUGGAGGUCAUUAAAGGAAAGACAUUUCUGGACGACCAGUUUUCCUACACGGAGUUUGGCCGUAUGGUGCUGACCAAUGGGACCAUCAGGGCAGGGAGGGCUAAGAACGCCAAGCAGAUUGUCGUAGCCCGGGAGACUCUGUACUGCAGUGGGUCAGGGGCUUGUAAGCGGGCCUGUGGGGGAUACGGAGAGUGUGUCGCAGGUUGUGAAAAAACCAAAAUGAGGGGACACAAGUGUAGCUACCGAGUAAAACUGACCAUGCGUUUAGGAUAUGUCAACCACUGGUUUGUGGAAGUGCUGGGAGACCACGAUCAGUUUGGUUCCCUGAAUGACUCUGUUCCCACCCCGUCUAGCCUGUCCCCCAGCACCCAGAAAUCAGAGGACGUGUCUAGCUCCCCUAGUAAUGAUCUCAAAAUGAUGCAUACCAAGUCACCCUCACCAAACAACCCUCAUCACAUGAAUGGCCCAACAGACUUUGUGACCAUGGUGCCACAAGUUACAAUUGCUAUGCCCAAUACCUUGCCGAACUCUUUCCACAAUGCUUUGCCAAAUGCUAUUUUUACAACCCCAUCAAUGAAUUUGCCAGUUAACUUGCCAGUUAUUAGCCAACAAGCAGUUUUUACAACCCCAAACUUGCCAUUGUUCAUGACAGCAGGGACAAAUCUUCAAAGCCGUGAUGCCCCUUAUAUGGGAAUGGUGAUACCUGAAUUUAACCAACAAGAUGUUCCACUUCCACUGGUGAAAAUGAAAAGGGAACCCCAAGACAAUGGUUAUCAGGACAGACAUAGUCCUACAGACUCUUUGGAGUCAAGUUCUAAUGACAGCUUUCAUUCACUCACACCAAAGACAUCUAGUCCAAGCAGAGCCAAAGCUAGAAAGAAAUUCACCCCUUACCAGGUGAUAAACGCCUCUCUGAAAGAGAACCAAAGCAAACAAGAUGUUGCCGACUCUACAACGCUGUGCAACAUUGACAACCAAAGUGCUCACAGGAAUGGAAACCAAAGAGGAAUGCCAGAAACCAAUGUUAGACGAGAGCUCCGAGACUUUGUGGCCAAGCGGGAACUGGACAGGUGCCUGGGAGUUCAGUCAAACCAAAAGGAUGAAGAAAUGAGUGACAAUUUGAGACAGCUUAUUUCUGAGGGAGAGAUGGAGAAUGGUUACACGUACAUCUGGGACGAUGAUCCGACAACGGAAAACGGAAAAGCAGACAAGGUAGAGGGCUCCACUGAGGCCCAGGAUUUGAUGACAAGAGUUCGUCAGCUUGAGUCCCAUGUAAAACAGCUAAGAAAUGUCGUCCUGAAAGGUCAAGGUGAAGGUCACAUCAAGAAAAAGGCCAAAGGCAGAGAAUUUGAUUUUAAAAAAUACAACACGAGACAUAUAGCCCUGAAGAUCCUGUACCUGGGCUGGGACUACCACGGCUUUGCUGUACAGGAGGACACAGAGAAGACGAUAGAGACCGCCUUGUUUGAGGCCCUCCUAAAGACUAAGCUGAUCGAGUCCAGGGAAACCUCCAACUACCACCGCUGUGGCCGCACCGACAAGGGCGUCAGUGCUUUUGGACAGGUUAUCUCCCUUGAUGUCCGGACCAAUCUUGUGGAAGGAACCGGAGUUAAGAUCAGGGAAGAUGGCACGGCCCAGGAACGGCCGGGAGAUAAAGCUACAGAGUUGCGGUUUUGUUACCUGCUCAAUAAAGUGCUUCCUCCCGAGAUCAGGUGUCUGGCCUGGGCCCCGGUAGACCCAGGCUUUAGUGCUAGAUUUGACUGCAAGAAGCGAACCUACAAGUAUUUCUUUCCAAAGGGUAGCCUUAAUUUACAGGUGAUGCAAGAAGCUGUAGACAAGCUGAUUGGAGAACAUGAUUACAGGAACUUCUGUAAAAUGGAUGUUGGAAAUGGGGUUGUGAAUUAUACACGGAAAAUAGUAUCUGCUGAAAUAGUGACUGUGGAUGAAGGGGAGGAGGGUUAUCAGAUGUGUGAACUGACCAUUGUUGGCCUGGCAUUCCUGUGGCAUCAGAUCCGAUGUAUUGUGGCUCUGUUGUUCAUGAUUGGUCAAGGAAAAGAAAAACCUGAGAUCAUUGAUGAGCUGUUGGACGUUGAAAAGAAUCCCAGAAAACCACAGUACACAAUGGCCUCAGAACUGCCCUUGAAUCUUUUUGAUGCUGAGUUUGCAGCCGACAUGGAAUGGAUAUAUGAAGCAGAUUGGCAUGAGGAGAAUAUUAAGCAUUUACAGCAGAUCUGGGCACAGCAUAUAAUCAGGGCAUCAAUGAUUAAGAAAAUGUUGGAGGAAAUGGAUAAAGCAAAGGUUGAAACAGACAGUGACAUUGCUCCCUGGGCUGACUUGAGUGGUCCUGUUUGUAACCAGGCCGAUUGGAUUGUACCAAUGAAGGGCAAAGUCCACAAACCUCUGCUAGAAAGACAGUUGUGUGACAGUUUAGAAGACAGAAUGGAGCAUUAUGCUAAAAGGAGGAAAAUUUCUGUGGUUCAGAGUACAGAAGACACAUGAUUGGCUGGGAUUUUAGCCAAUGGACUUGCAGUAUUGACUAGUCUGCUUUCUCCAAGGAAUUCUUUUUUUUUCCAGAGGUUUAUUCCAAGAUCUGUUUUCAUUAAAACUCAAGAGGGCACAUUUGAGGUUUUUAUGCCGAGAAGGGUGUGUGAAGAUAAGGCAAUAUGUGAAUCAUGAUUUGUUAUUUUUUUUUUUUUAUUUGUUAUUUAAACUCAUUUGUUGAUUAGUAAACAUUUCCUAAUUGAUAUACACUGGAAAUUGGUGAUGUGUCAAGAUGAAUUUUACUCUGUGAAGUUUUGUGUUGCCAAAUGAUUUAAUUUACAUGUAGUUGUUGAUUUUCUUGUACCAUUUUAUGAAUAGAAUGUUUUUUUUAAAGGAAAAAAAAUGUUUGUAAAGUAACUCUAUAAACCAAUGCAUACUUAUACAUUUGUGUUCAUGAUAACCAGUGGCCAAGAUUUGACUUAGCUAUUUCAUGGAAGAAAUACUAUUUAUAGUAGUUCUUUUAGAUUGUUCACUAAAAGCUGAAAAGGGUGCUGUAUAUUUUUGCUUUAAUUUGUUAUCACAUUUAUUUUGUUAAGAAUAAUUUCAUGACAAUUUCUCCGUUAUAUACAUGUUUGGAGAUGUAUAGAAGUGGAAGCGUGCCAUAAUGCUAGUAAUCUCUUUAUUUGGUGUACAUGGUGUGCUAUAUCAUUAUAUGUCAGUAUGAGUUAUGAUUAUCAUUAGAACUUUUAAAUAUGUUACUAAGUGAGGUAAUAAUGCAAUAAUACAAUGCUGCCACAGAAUUAUCUCUAGUCAGUGGAUUUUGUCUCGUAAAUUUAAGGCUGUUUGUUAAAUAAUUUCAUCUAGUAAGUCUUUGUUGUAAUAUUUAGAGGUAGUUAUUGAAUACCCAUCCUGCUGACUUAACUAUGGCAUUUGAUAGUGAUUAUUUUGAAGAAUUUAGAAUAGGUUUUUAUAUUUAAGUAGGAAUUUUAAUUACUCAAAAUUUUCAUUUUGUUAAAUACUCCUCAUUACAAUUUAGAUAAGCUUUAAAGAAAAAGAGAAUGUUUUAUCACCAUGAUAUUUACUCGAUCAUGGCAAUAAUUUGCUUCUAAAGUUUAUGAUUUUGUUAUUAGAUGCUGCCAGUUAGAAAUUUAUUGGAGCUUUUACUGUAGGUAAACAGGAAUACUCAUAAUCACUCAAGGUGCAUAUUAUCUAUAGUUUAUAUAUUAUAUAUACACAGUUUAUAUAUAGAGAUGUUAUUCCACGUUACGAGGUGUGUGAUGACAGAGCUUCCAUGUCUUCUAAGUGUUUGUAAAUGUUCGACCAUAUACUGCUCAUAUUUUAAAAGAAAGUUUUCUAUCAGCAUUGAAUUCAACAGCUAGAAAAUUGGUUUCUAAUCAGCAUUGUUUAUUAACAAAAAUCUCUUUUGAUGAUCUGAUUCCUGUCAUUAAGGAAUUCAGUUUACAUAUUUUUUCUUGUUUUGGCAAUUUUUUUCAUUCUUUUUUGAAUAUGAUUUUAAGAUAUAAAUUUAUAAGGUGCAAAGUUCAGAUAUAGCUCUCUGUGAAUUAAUGCUCCAAAUCUGCAUCAUGAGAUGAAAAUUACAUGGAUGUAUUUAAUGAAGAUUUUUUAUAUGUAGAUAAAAUAUUAUGUAGAAUGUGUUGUUAUGGCAAUUUUUUUUUAGAAUUAGAUGAUUGUGCCAAAUAUUGUAUUUGUUGAUGUAUGUAUUGUAUAUAUAUAAAUAUAUAUACAUAUUGUAUUGAGUGUUCUAGUCGAGGGUCUGGGUUUUCUCUAUGUUUUCUUGAUUGGAAUAUAUAAUAUAUAUAUAUAUAUAAUUUUUUUUGCAUAACACUAGUCCUUAAAAACACAGACAUGCAGCUUGUAAAGAAGAAUCAGAAAGGAGAUUUUGAUACUGUAUUGAAUAAUAUGAUGAUUUUAAUUGAUUCCAUGGUUAAUUUUAAUACCAAAGCAAACUGUUCAUUAUAUUCAAAAUUCAGAAUUUUGUUUGAUGCAGUUUUGUGCACAAAUAAAAAAGUCAAUUUUUGAUAUUUUACAAAUUUUAAUGAGCAUAACAUGCAAGUUGGCUUUAAACACCCACAGAUAAAGCUUUCGAUUUUUUAAUAGAAAUUUUUAUUUUAAUUGACUUAAAGGAAAGUCUUCAUUGAGAUUAUUUUGAAGGUGAAUUCAGGGUACAAUGUAUAUUGUCAAAACUACUGAUAUUGCCAGUGUAACCAUGAAAUAAUCAUAAUUUAUACAAGUACUUGUAGGUAGAAUUGUUGUGUAUGGACUGCCAAUUUGUACUUAUCAACACAGUACAUGCAAUAUAUAAGGGUUUCCCUUUGAAUGGUGCAUAUAUAUCAAGUUAAUGUUCAGUGAGCUUCCAUUUGGAAUCAUCUAUUAAUAAAUGAAGGCUUCCAUUUGACAUUCACAGCAGUUAUUGCCAGACAUUUUUGAAGUUUGUUUUUUUUAACAGAACAUUUUAAUGUAUAAUGUUGAUAUAUUCAAUGGAAUAAAGUCAGACAAGAAAUUGUA